AUGGGGAUCCUUUUGGUGAUCCUUUUGAUGACUGGGGAAGAUUACCCGUCACAGCUCAUCCGUGGGCACGACAUUCUCAAGGAGAUAUUGAUUUGCCCGUUCAAAAAGAGGCUGGACUUCGCGACAGCGGCGGGCAAGGCGAAGGCAGCUCGCAAGGGCAGAGCAGAGGCAGAGGACAUGGACGAGCACGACGAGGACGAGGACGGCCUGAGGGACGAGUGCAGCAAGGACAUGCGCGCCCUUGUCGUCCAGCUCGAGGCUCGCAUCCGGACGCUGGAGCAUCAGAUUCUGUCCACGGCCGUGGUACAGCGCUACGGCGACAUGCGCAACUUGAUCAUCAACGCAUGCCAGGACUACAUCACAACUCGCAUGGAUAGCCCGACGGUGGGCCCGCAUCCAGUCAAGCAGAUGUUCGCGAAUGUGAUUCUCAAUGCUACGCUCACGCUGAAAGGCCAGCGCGCAGGUCCGUGCGAGGUGGGCAAGAUGCGGUCGUUCCGGUGCUCGGACCCCCGCGCGUGGCACCCGCACCUGCCACGCGGGGAUCCGGCCACGUGCUGGGCGGCCCCGCGAGGACGCUCCCAGGACCCUCUAAAAUGGCUCCAGGACGCCCUCAGGCACACGGAUAACGUCAUCUCCGAGACUUUAUUGGACAAGUCGUGCGCCGGAGUGCUUGAUGUCGAGGGCUGGCGCUCGUUCUCCCUCAUCAACGCAAUCUACAACACGCCUGGGGAAGCCUGCACCGGCUCCGUCGAGGUCACAGACUGGACGAAGGUCGUGGCGAAGAUGGGGGGGCGCUCGUACUUCGGGGACAUGUGCAGCCGAAAUGGCUUCGACCCUUCAGAGUACGUCGCUGUAAACAUCUUGGGGAAGACUAUCAGGAUGGGAUUUGAUGGACCGUGGACCUCUCCGGCGCGGGCUGCGGGUGCAACGGCGCCCUCUACCUGGCCUCCAUGCGGCAGAACUCCAACAAGUCCGACUGCGGGGAGACUACUACUGUGA